CUUGAAGAUGGUAGGAAAAUUGAAAGUAUGAUGGAAGAAGACUAUGAAUAUAUACAAUCCGAACCAGAUACCAAAAGACCAUUCCAAGUUGCGCGUAUUGGAAAAUGGAAUCUAACAGAUGAUGGAGGAUGUGAUAUAUUAAAUAUCGGUCUACAAAUAUAUGAUCCCAAAAUGAAUUACGAGGGCGGUUCCAAGAGAUUAAAUCACUAUUUACGUAAUUUCGAUGAGUUAUUAUCCCGUAUGAUUCUCGACGAAAAUGAGAAUUCUUUUAGGAUACGUUAUGGAAUUUUCAUUGUCAAUGACAAAGUUCAUAUACCUGAACGGUAUCCUAGUACCACGAAUGUUAUCAUGAUAAUUAACGAAUCAGAGAUUACUAAUGAUAAUAUAAGAGAUUUCUUUAACCGAAUCAGAACACGUAAUCAUAAUAUUUCCCAUGGUAAACAAACCCAAUUCUAUGGUGGUGGAGAAACCAUACUUAACAAGACUGACAGGGCAAUGAUAGCAGCACAUACAGAUACCAUUGAAACUAUUUUUAAAAAUUUAA